GUAAUAUCAACUCUUUAGUUCUGUAUCGUCGCUCCGCAUUGGAGGAAGUGUUGAAUGGUCUUCAGAGAGGAAUAAUCCAGUUACACGUUGAACAAGCAUGUCAACGUUAUCGUUAACGAUGGAAAGGGCAAAGAAGGCUCAAUUUUGGCGCAGAGGAAGCAGCUUUUCGCCAAGCCGUCUUCCGGUGAAUCCAGCCUACGUAAUUGAUCGCACUGGUGCGUAUUACCCGAUGAAUCAUAAGCGUCGCGGAAAUGCGCUGAUCUUCACGCACGAAACGUUUGCGAAAUCCACGAAACUAGCGUCGAGAAAAGGCGCAAAAGCGGACAGCAAGGCGCUCGGAAAGUCCCUGAAACGGCUUGGUUUCGACGUGGACAUCUAUUCCGACAAAGGAAAAGAGGAAAUAAAUAAAAUCACCGAGAAAGCUUCUCGUCAAGAUCACUCAAACGCGGACUGUCUGCUGGUUGCUAUUCUAACCCACGGCGAUGAUGGGGACUCCCUUUGUGCUCAAGAUGGUUCGUACCAGUUCACGAGCGUGUGGACACAAUUCACCGAAGAGCGCUGUCCAUCGUUGGCGGGAAAGCCCAAAAUAUUUAUAGUCCAAGCCUGCCGAGGCCAAGAGCUGGAUCCGGGAGUUGCGACGGUUGAGCAGGAUGGAAUCGCACGGUACAUCGGUUCGGCGGAAGCAGAAUUUUUGUUUGCAUUCGCCACCGCACCACACAGGAAAAAAAAUCAUGGGUUUAUGUCAUUUCGGAACGUCGAAAGCGGAUCGUGGUUUAUUCAGGAGCUUUGCGUUGAACUGAACGAAAAUGGAGAACGGUACGAUCUGCUGACGCUAUUUACUUUCGUUACUCAACGGGUAGCCCAUCUACAUGAAUCGAAUGCUCCCGAUACUCUAGAGUACCAUCAGAAAAAGCAAAUACCGUGCAUUGUUUCGAAAUUAACAAGGCUUUUGUUGAUAAGUGGAAGAGGUUGAGUUUUCUGAAUAUUCCAAACAAUUAAAAAAAACCCUGCAAAAAUCAUGUUUAAAUCAUUGUAAAAUUUAAAAUUGUUCAAAUAAUGAAGAAC